CUGUCUGUGAAUGCAAUGCAGGUUUAGAUAUCCCGAUUCAUUCUCAUAACAUGGUUUACGCAGCAGUAAAAUCUGACAAAAUCGACACUGAUGUCCUUACCAAAGCGAGGGAAGCUUGUUACAAGGUUCGUGAUGCUUUCUAUGCCUGCUUGGAAAAUGAAUCCGACAAGAAGCCCACAGAGAUUGCAUCUGUGGGCUUGUUAUAUCCCCUAGAAUGCAAACAGUGCAGGAAUGAAUACGUCAAACAGUGUCGAUCUUCCUGGGUGAAACAUUUCGAUAGGCAAUACUGCCAGAACAAGAGGGUCCAGACACUUUUGGAUGACAAAGGUUCCACAAGAGAUAAUCUUUCUACUCUUGACUGAACGAAUUGAAGGAUGAAGUAUGAUACGAACAAAUAUUCAUGCAGUUUGUAAGAGGAGGCACUAAACUUUGCAAUUGGCAAACAACACAAUUGUCAAACUGUGCAACCUAUUAUUGGCUUGGGUUUUCGAUAUUUUAUUUAUAUAAGAUUCGGUUUUACUUUAUAUUCGAGUCAGCCCUACCAGUUAUACAAACUUUGCUUUAUUUUUUGUAUUUUUUUAUAAUCACUUUUACAUAUAUCGAACGUGAUUAAAUCAAAUGACGAUAGCAAAGCUUAACUUUAAAAUUGACCUAAUAGUUGAUAUAAACCUAAUUGGUGACGUGGCCACGUUUUGGUCGUAAAAAGAAAAGUAUUUGAUCUGAUCCGUGACUGUUUCUAAAAGUUAGUUAUGGUAUGUGAGAACUCAAGUAAAACAUUAGAAAAUUUGUUUUGAAAGAGAGAAAAAAAGAAAUGUUAAUUAUUUUUAGUGAAUUUUUCUAUUUCUUUUCAUUUUUUUUAUUAAAUAAGACAGUAUUUAAGACCCCUUUGAUGGAAAGAUAAGGCAAAUGCAGGAAAGUGGUAUGAAAGAGAGAAAAGAAAAAGUGUAAAAAAAAAAUUAACAAACUGGUUGCGAAAUAAAUAAAUAAAGUAAAAGAAAAAGAGGCGAAAAAUACAAAGAAAUGAGAUAGGAUAGGAUGGAUGGAAAGUGUAUGAGCAUGAAA